AAAAAUAAUAAUUUUGUCCAUGUGAGACUGCACAGAAUCACCUGCAAACCCUUCUUCCUCUUUUUGUACAUGCAGAUGCAGUCACCGAGAUCACCUCUAAGCAUGAAGAGAGCAAAAUCACGCUUGCCUCCAACUCCAUCGACCCCUCCGACGCCACAACAGCGACAAUCCUUCAGCAAACUCCUCGUGCCCAUCUCCAAGAAACGCCGCAACAUUUUACAAAAUCCCCAACCACGCCUCGCCGCCGCCGUCGAUGCCAUCAAAUGGAAACGCCUUAAUAUUGACAAGUCUGAGCUCUAUUUGCCGCUCACUUUCCCGACUGGACAGACUUUCAGGUGGAAAGAAACUGGCCCUUUGCAAUAUACUGGCCCCAUUGGGCCACACCUCGUCUCACUCAAACAACUUGAGGACAACGGUGUAGCGUACCAUUUUCAUUUCACGCGCAACGAGGAUAUUGCUAGAAUCGAUCUUUUUGAUUUUCUGAACAUGGGUAUUUCGUUAAAUGAGAUGUGGAACGAGUUUAAGGCUUCUGAUGAGAGGUUUGCUGAGCUAGCAUUGUAUUUGGAGGGCGCUAGGGUUUUGAGGCAGGAUCCAUUGGAGUGCUUGAUUCAAUUUAUUUGCUCAUCUAAUAAUAAUAUACAGAGGAUUACUAAGAUGGUGGACUUUAUCUCGUCCAAGGGGAACUUUUUAGGUAAUGUGGGUGGAUAUGAUUUUUUUGAGUUCCCGACUCUGGAAAGGUUGGCAGUGGUGACGGAAUCCGAGCUCAGGGAAGCUGGCUUUGGAUACAGGGCUAAAUAUAUUGUUGGGACUGUGGCAGCUUUGAAAUCAAAGCCUGGAGGAGGUGUGGAAUGGCUUGCUUGUCUUCGUAAAUUAGAUCUUCAAGGAGCAAUUGAUGGUUUAUCUAGUUUGCCUGGUGUUGGUCCGAAGGUGGCUGCAUGCAUUGCUCUCUUCUCUUUAGAUCAACAUCAUGCCAUUCCUGUUGAUACUCACGUGUGGCAGAUCGCAACCAGGUAUCUCAUCCCUGAACUGGCGGGCACUCGCUUGACACCUAGUAUUUGCAAUCGUGUGGCCGAUGCUUUUGUGAGCAAAUACGGGAAGUAUGCUGGAUGGGCCCAAACUCUGCUUUUCAUUUCUGAACUGCCCUCGCAGAAAGCAAUCUUGCCGUCAAGCUUCUGGAAUACUGAGGAAAAAGGCUCAGCCAAGCUUCAAAUGGAAAUUCAGGCAAUACAAGAAACAAAGAAACGUCCAGUCAAUAAAAGAAAAAUGACUGGUAAAUGAGAAGAAAAUCUGUCUGCCCCAUUCGUUUUCGAUUAAUCAAGUUAAACCUGGAUAUUCUGAGAGCUCAAGUUCUGUAGCUGUAAAGAUUGAUGAGAGGACUUUGGGAGAGAGGGCAUAAAUGACUUCAAUGACAAAUGAGUAUUUGAGCAACAAUGAUGUUCACGAGAGCUGUCAUUGUAUUUGAGUAUAUAUUCUCCAUUCAAGCAUCACUGUAACUGAAUUAUUGCUGUUCAGUGAAUGAGAAUGUAAGU